UAACACCCAGCGAUUAAAGCUUCUGACUGUUUUCCGUGAGUCUUGUUUUUGCCUCAAUGAUUUAGAAGUAUUUGUGACGUGAUCCUUAUAAAGGAUCAUAAAAAUCAGGAAACAACCGUCUUUUAUCAAAGUCACUGACACUGAAGCGCGUUUGAACACGUUUAAAGAUCCCAUUGUUUCAGGUGUUUUUUAUGUCCACAGAGUGUCACUGUUUAUUAAUGUUGAUUUGGGACGUGCCAGUCACGUGUCUAAGGCGCUUUAUAAAAGUGUGUACAGUCACUCGGCGUCGCAGACGCCGCACGCGCCAUGGCCUCCGCUUCGCUCCUCGUCCUCGCAGCGUUUCUCGUGUGCGUUCAUUUAUUUCGUCCCACUCGUGGGAAGCCUGUGGCGCUGGGAGAUUCUUUCAACUUCUCUCCGCCUCCGUGUCCGUCUGGAUCCGAGUUGGAGCUUCAACACAUCCUCCUGAAGGACACCGCUGUCCUCGUUUCCAGCCGUGACGGUACCGGGUCCUGGAGGACAUCAGCUUCUUACGCGGAGCGUCUGGAACCGUCAGACUCGGCUCUCGUCUUAACGAACAUAAACUACAACGACGGCGGAUUGUAUGAGUUCACCUGCGUUGGCGGCGAGGAUGUUAGGAUCCAGCUGGACGUGGUGGUUCCGAUACAGUUUAGCGUGUUUGAGAACGAGACGGUUCUCCUGCCGUGUCACGCCGUUACCGCGGGAGGAGACGUCAAAUCAGUGAGAUGGGAGAGGAAAGAAAAGUCUAAAAAUGUGGCCAGAAUGAAUGUAGCCUCCAACAAAAUCAUUUUGACAGACGAAUUUAAAUCGCGUGUGUCGGUACCAACGGACUGGUUCUCUAAGGGAGACUUCACACUAACUCUGGGUCCGGUUCGGCUCCAAGACCGAGGAGACUGGACCUGCUCGAUCCAGGAUAAAUACGGGACGUCCCGCAUAUUCCCUGUUGUUGCGAGGCUGACGGUCCAGAAGACCCGGAAUGAGACCAGCACCGAGCAAUCUGGACCCCUCCACGUAAAUGAAGGAAUGAGCCAAGAGAACGGAGGCCAAACAACGUGCGUUGCCAUCGCCGUCGUUGUGGCACUCGUGCUUUGUGCAGUGGCCUUUGGGAUCGGAUGGUGGAUGAGGUCCCGCAGAUUUCCUCCUCUUCCUCCUCCUCCUCCUCCUCCUCCUCCUCGAGCCCAGCGUGAAGGAGCUCAGGAGGAUGCGGCGGUGCCUCUUGUCAGUCAGAACGAACCUCAUGCGCAACCUAAUGGUCUGGAACCAAAUGGACACAGAUGAUGGCGUCGAUGAGGCCCGUCAGCUUUACACACAUCAGGAUGAUCAAAGAGCAUCUCUGUUCCAGCUUCAUGAUCUCUGGUGACCACACAGAUGUCCAUUACAUCCUUUCUUCUAUUGUGUAUAUAAAUUAAUGGUUACUGAUUAUUUUGUAAAUGUGACUAUCAAUAUAUGAAUAAUAUACAUGUGGCUGCCCACUGCUCCCCCAUGGGUUACAUGUAGAGAACAACCCUCCUUAGGAAGCAGCUACAGCAGCUGUCAGGCCCUGAGCUGCUACAAUAGAUACUCUAAAGUAGCUACACACUAUGCACUAAUAGACACAGUGACAGAAAACUGACAACCAACGUAACCAACGAUUUGUUAGUUUGCUUUAGUUUAACCUUCAGUCAAAUGAACCAGUUCAUCCAUAGGUUUGUCCUCUACUCCUCUGCUUUUCCUGAAGAGACCGCUAUGGUUUACAGCCGUCCAGAGGGGCUCUGGUUCUCAUGCAGGGGUCAACCACCAUGGGGAGGCAGUUUAUUUAAAUGUUUUAUUUAAAUGGAGUAUUUUCUUGUGUAUAUUAGAAGUAUAAUAUUUAUGUAUUUAUAAUAUAUACACGUUUAUGUUGUGUAUAAUAUAUUUAUAUAUAUUAUAUAUUAUAAUAUUUUUUUAACAUGCAAAUUUUUAUUGUUAAAAAUACAGAUAUAUAUUUAUGCUACAUUUACAACAUCUCAAUCAAAUCAUUCUAGUGUAACUUUUAUUCAAUAAAUAAUUCUUUUAAAUAAAUUGGUACGUUUUUACUGAGCUGUUCGUUCUUUGUUUAGGUUUACUAAGUUCUGAAAACAUCUACCUCUGAAUUUGGGGAUUUCCAUGAGUCCAGAACAUUAACUAUAAAAUGUAUGAAUUGAUCAAAAUCAUACAAUGACAUUCUGCAGCAGUUCAGGGGAGGUUUUCCAAUGACACCAUGUGAAAGCAGACUACACAGGCUAAGCAGCAGCCUGAUGCUGUG